GCGUGGGUUUAGGUGUUACGAUUGAAUUAGCUGCGACCAUUGUUUGAGAGGUGUUACGGAUUGAAAUCGCUGCAACCACUGUUUGAGAGUUGGCAUCUGAAUUUGUUUCCUCCGAUUUUGGGAUUUGAUCGAAGAGUGUUGUUGUUGGAUAGAGUUAUUGAGAAAAUGUUUACAAAUAAUCAAAGACAAGAAGAACGUACUGGAAAACAUGGAACACCAAGACUUCAAUAUCUUCAGGAGCUAGUGAGUCAGUUUCAAAAUGCAACUGAUGAAGAAACAAAGGAGAGAAUUGUAGCAAACUUGGCGAAUUUUGCGUAUGACCCUUAUAACUACGCUAUUUUACGGCAGCUAAAUGUCUUGGAACUAUUCGUAGACUGUAUAACAGAGCCAAAUGAGAAGCUUGUAGAAUUUGGGAUAGGAGGAUUGUGCAACGCCUGUGCUGAGCCAAAAAAUGUUGCUACCAUUGUCGAGGUUGAUGGAAUUUCUCUUAUAAUCAAAUGUUUAUCAAGUCCUGUACGGAACACUGUGAACUACGCGCUUGGGGCUUUGUAUUACAUGUGUGACUAUAACAGAGCAACAAGAGAGGAGAUUUUGAGAGCAGAAGUGGUGGAUCUCAUAGAGAGGUACGCAGCGGCUGAAUCAGUCAGUGUAAGCUUUAGUAACUUGGCUAAGGCGUUUCUUGAUAAGCAUGUUCAUACAAACACAUGAGAUUCUUGAAUUUUAUCUUCUCUAUUUUUGGUUCUAUUAAGUAGUUGGAUUCAGCUUGAAAAUACCAUAUAUAUAUACAGUAAUACGAGGGUGUAAAAUUAUUUAAGUGGUAUAAAUAUUUAGAUUUCGA